AUGCUGAUGUGUAAACAUUUAUGUAAGUUACUAGCGGUAGUCGUAUGUCAACUUUUGAAUAGAAAUAUGACACUCAUCAAACAAAUUACUGUAAUCUUGAUUUUCUUCAUAUCGCUGUCCCAGACGUUUGUUUUAGAUUGUGAAUUUGAUCCAAUUACGUGGGCAUCAGUUCCAACCUACUAUGGUUGCAAGGCAGAUGUAAUACACACCGGAAGUGUCAGUGAAAUUGAUAAUGUGAUUGGAGAGCAUUGGGAUGACCAUAAUAAUACCCUCGUGGAAUUUAUUUACGUUUACAAUCAAACAUUGCCUCGGAUUCCACUCAAUCUCAAAACAUUUUUUCCCAACAUUAAAGGCAUUGAGUGGCAUUCUUCGAAACUUCAGAAAGUUACAGCAGAAGAUUUGGAACCAUUUCCACACCUAACACACUUUGCUUCGUUUUAUAAUCCAUUGGGAUCACUUGAUGGCGACCUUUUUAAACACAACCCAAAUAUGCUUUGGAUUUACAUUUACAACAGCUCUUUGAAGUCAAUUGGAGAAGAUUUUUUCAGUAACUUGAACGAGCUCACGUUUUUGAAUUUCGAGAAAAACCUUUGCAUAAAUGCUGUGGCAAAAACACCCAGUGAAAUAGAAAAACUAAAAUCUCAGAUACGUUUGAAGUGCAGUCCACUUAAUACACCAAAACCAGAAACAGUAGAUGAAUUCUGGAAUCACUUUAAAACAAUGAAGGAGAACGUGCUCGAAUUAGCGCAACUUAAUCAUGAACUCGAAAUGAAAGUCAAAGAAUUGUCUUCUGAGGUGAAAACUUUAAUAAAGAACGUGAAAGAUCAAAAGAAAACAAUUGUAAAAUAUGAAAUCCGAUUUACGAAACUUGAACGUAAAAUCAGAGAAUCUAAUUUAAUUAAUUCUAUCAAAGUGGCUGUAACAGAAGCUUUAACUUCAUUGUUCGAUUUAUUGAUAUCAUUUUUCAAAAAACUGAUAAGCUUUUUCGUUAAUAUUCCCGAGAACGAAUUAUAA